CUGCUGCAAACGAGGAUUUAUUUCUUCUUGAAGAUAACGAAGUGGAUCGUCAUACUCUCUCCACCGUGUGCGCCAUCGGCAUGGCUACCGUAACCGACCUCCCUUCAUUGUCACCAACCCCAUCCCUUCUUUGUUCAACCCCGUCGUCCAUUAGUUCUCGAACCUGUUCCAUCCGCCCAAUCAUCCCCUUUCCAUCGCGUUCUCCUUCCAAUCGGAGAAUUGCUUGCAUUCGCCCUCACGUGCGGUGCUCAAUUGCAGAGGGGUCCACAGUACCUCCAGCAAAAACUAGUGGCCAACUCAAUUCCGUCGGUGAAGACCCUACGUCCGUGGAUUGCGUGAUCGUUGGCGGCGGUAUCAGUGGCCUCUGUAUUGCCCAGGCCCUUUUCACAAAGCAUGUCAAUGCCGCCGCAAAUGUGAUAGUCACUGAGGCCAGAGACCGGGUUGGCGGUAACAUUACGACUAUUGAGAGGGAUGGCUAUCUUUGGGAGGAGGGUCCUAACAGUUUUCAGCCCUCUGAUCCUAUGCUUACCAUGGUGGUGGACAGUGGGUUAAAGGAUGACCUUGUUCUCGGUGAUCCCAAUGCGCCUCGAUUUGUGUUAUGGAAUGGAAAAUUGAGGCCGGUACCAUCAAAGCCAACUGAUUUACCUUUCUUUGACCUGAUGACCAUUGGCGGCAAACUGAGAGCAGGCUUUGGGGCACUAGGCCUUCGGCCACCUCCACCAGGUCGUGAGGAAUCAGUUGAAGAAUUUGUGCGCCGUAACCUUGGUGAUGAGGUUUUUGAACGUUUGAUAGAGCCUUUCUGUUCAGGUGUCUAUGCGGGUGAUCCUUCAAAAUUAAGUAUGAAAGCAGCAUUUGGAAAAGUUUGGAGGCUGGAGCAAAAUGGGGGUAGCAUAAUCGGUGGCACUUUCAAAACAUUACAGGAGAGGAAUAAUUCUCCAAAACCACCUCGUGACCCACGUCUUCCAAAACCGAAGGGUCAAACUGUUGGGUCUUUUCGAAAGGGACUUAGCAUGUUGCCAAAAGCAAUUUCUGCAAGGUUGGGUGACAGAGUGAAGUUAUCUUGGAAGCUUUCAAGCAUUAGUAAACUUGACAGUGGAGAGUACAGUUUGACAUAUGAAACGCCGGAAGGAAUGGUUUCCGUGCAAAGUAAAACUGUUGUCCUGACCAUUCCAUCCUAUGUUGCCAGUACACUGCUACGUCCUUUAUCUACUACUGCUGCUGAUGCGCUUUCAAAGUUUUAUUAUCCUCCUGUUGCUGCAGUAUCCAUAUCCUAUCCUAAAGAAGCUAUUCGAACGGAAUGCUUAAUAGAUGGUGAACUGAAGGGGUUUGGGCAGUUGCAUCCACGGACUCAAGGAGUGGAGACAUUAGGAACUAUAUACAGCUCAUCACUCUUUCCUAACCGAGCUCCUCCUGGACGGAUUCUACUCCUGAAUUACAUUGGAGGGGCCACAAAUCCUGGAAUCUUAUCAAAGACGGCUGAUGCUCUUGUGGAAGCAGUUGACCGAGAUUUGAGAAAAAUCCUUAUAAACCCAAAUGCAAAGGACCCGCUUGUAUUGGGCGUGAGAUUGUGGCCUCAAGCUAUUCCACAAUUCUUAAUUGGCCAUUUUGAUCUCUUAGAUGCUGCUAAUGGUGCUCUGAAAAAUACUGGGCAUGAAGGGCUGUUUCUUGGGGGCAACUACGUGUCUGGGGUUGCCUUGGGACGAUGUGUUGAGGGAGCUUAUGAGGUAGCCGCCGAAGUAAAUGAUUUCCUAUCGCAGAAAGUGUACAAGUAGGGGCAAAUUUUGUUGAGUUGUAGGAACUGGGUAGGACCCGUAUAUCAUUGCAUAGUGAUGAUAAAGUUUCGCUGACUUGUCACAUAAGAUUUGAAUUUUGGUGGCUUCUGGUGCGGAUCCCAUUUAUAUUAUUCUCGUAAUGUUGUAAUAAAUAAGGUUAUCCCUUUGCCACUAUUCUAAUACGGAUCUUUUAUAUUCACCAGAUAAA